AUGACAAUGAUGAUGAAAGGGGUGUUGCGGAGGAGGAAGAAGAGAUAUAAGUAGGAUAAAGAGGGAAACGAUGGCAGGCUGACCCUGCAGAACAGAGCUGUUUACACUGAGCGGAGAACACGGCGUUCGACGGCACAGGCCACAGAAGGAGCAGAGCGGAGGACAGUCCCACGCCAUUCCAUUCUGUUCCGCGCCAGGAGGGGUCUCUGCGUUGGUCUGAACGUUUUGGGUCAAGAGCAUCAUGGCAGGGUGGUGACCCCCCAUGGCCACCUGCCGUCUCAUGCUGCUCCUACGGCUGGUGUUUCUGGCUGCUUGGGCGAGUCACCUCUGCGCAGAUGCAGGUACUGCAUUCUCUGGGGACCAGGGCAGCCAGCUGCGCACAAAGUGGCAGGCUUCUAUACGAGAGGCCGGGCUGAGCAACAGCAACAAAGGUGUCUCACCUCCUCGGCCAAUUACAGCUGGGAGCACCAAGCAGCUGCUUUAUUGCCGCAUCGGGAUUGGCUACCACUUACAGAUCCUGCCCAAUGGGACUGUAGGAGGGGUGCAUGAACACACUGAAUACAGCUGGCUGAAGAUGUUUGCGAUGGAGCAGGGGGUUGUGGGAGUGCAGGGUCUGAAGAGUGGGCUAUACCUGUGUAUGAACAAAGAUGGGAUCUCACAUGGAUUGAGUCGGUUCACAGCAGACUGUCUCUUCCGGGAGAGUCUGGAGGAGAAUCAUUACAGCACCUACUCCUCCAUCUCAUACCCGGGCUUCUACCUGGCUCUCUCCCCCCGAGGCGGGGCAAGGAGGGGUGGCAGUGUGAGCAAACAGCAGCCCGGUACCCACUUCCUGCCCCGGAGGGUCCAGUGAAGAACCCCCCCCCCCCACCACAACCCACAAACAAUGAACAGCCCCCACUAACUUAACAGUGGAUCCCAGCUCCUGCUUCCGGGGUAAUAUCUGUGCCUCCAUUGAAAACAUCCUGUCUUAACAGAGGGGUGGAGGAAUCUUGUCAACUCCAGCAGAAACUCUUCUGAUCUCUUCUCCCACAGAAACUGUUCUGAUAACCCUGCCCAGGUCCUUAGGCCUGACAUAAUAAACUAAUAAAGUAAAACUAGGCAUCAGAUUAUACUGUAUGUGGAUGAAAUUUUACAUUUUUGCUGAUUUGUCAGUCACUUACCGUGUCUAUGGCCUCUUGUGUGCUAUUUUGGGGGAGUGGGACUUCAGGGGGAGGGGGGUAAAUACUCAUCGAGUGAUAUAAGCAGCAGGCCCUAGCUGCACAGCCAUAUCAUGUUCCCAGCAUGCUUUUCAUGUUCUAACAGUAUUAUGGCAUUCCACUACACUGUAGCAGUGAUGUCAGUGGCAGCAGAAUCCACAGACUAACCAAAUGAUCAGCUUGUGCUCACAGCACCUUCUGUGCUUUCAACGUCCUGAUAGGAGGUUCUGGUUGGUAACAGGAUUUUCUGGUAGUACAUUACAGUAAAGGAUGUCCAUUACCAUGCGUCUUCAUAAAUAUUUAUAGGGUAUACAGAAAUGAAUUUUUUCACCUUUAGCAGUCAGCCCUAAAUGUUCAAUGUUUGGAAUCUGGAGCAGGAUAUGUUGUGGGUCUGUAGAAUCUUUGGUAUCACUCCUGUCCCAGCUCAGAUGGGACACACACACACACACACACACACACACUACAGGUGGUGUGUAGACCAAAAUUUUCAGAGAGUAAAACAUUUUAUUCUCCCUGAUUGUGUCCCACCCCUAUUCUCUCCCCUCUCUGAUUUUUAAGUAGAAAAUAUUAUAAAAAUUACCAUGCUAAUACAUAUCUAUCAUGCACUGGCAAUGUCUAUCUUUAUGCAAGUUCACUGAAUUUGUGCACCUUUACCUCUAUUUGGUAAUAUAAAAUGUGUUUGGGACACUUCUGGGCGUGACACUCUUUUCUGUGUGGGGAGGAGUGGGUUUGGCUACAGAGCCUGUGGUUUGGGAUCAGAAUGUUUGUUGCUAUAGCUAGCCACCCACUGUAAUGGCCCAGAUACAGUGCAGCAAAAAGAUGGGGCCCGUUCAAGAACCUCUAGCUAUGCAGGUUUCGCAGACAUCCGGUUUUUUAAUUAUUUGUACAUGUCCAGUUCAUGGUCCUGACCGGACAAUGUAACCUAAUGUUCGGUCCGAGUAAUUGAGGAGGAAUUUACCUGUAGUUUCUAAUGAAUGUGCAUGUCUGUGAUUCGGUCAGGUACUCUGGGUGAGUCAGCAGGGGCAGGGUUGAAGAUGGAGGAGGACACUUCUUUUAUUGUAAAACACAAUGAAAAAUCCUGCAUAGUAUGGCUUUAACACAAAGUGUAAAUGUAACAAUGUAUCAACAUUAGGAAAUGUCAUAAAUGUGUAUUACUCAAAGGUCUUAUCUAUCAACUCUCCUUGAGGAGUCCUGCACUGGUUGGAUUUAGAUGUCUUCAAGAAAUGUGAACUAUUUAACAUUAUUUUAACAUUCUUAUGCACAUCUACUAUAUAUAUAUAUAUGUACUAGAUUUAUAGUGAGGUCAUCUACUUCUGUAAGAAUGGUGUACGCUGGUUGUUAGCCUGUGAGAUGAUUCAUUUAUGAAUUCAUUUGCAAUUAAUGUCAAAGUGUUUAAGG